CUCAUUAACGGCCCAAACCUAAUUAAAAUUUUAAUCUCCGUAGGUACUAAAUUUCAGUAGCCGCGAGUCGAUCUCUGGACGGGAGGAAGAAGCAUCCAAGAGUUUUUUCCCCGCCUUCGCCGCAGCAAACACUCUUCCUGUCGCCGGGAGGAACAAUUUUUCUUUUUAAAAUAAAAAAAACGGGAUCAAUGAAUGAAGAAGAGCCUUCAGGAAGUGGUGAAAAAGAAUGUAGCAUAUCAUUGUUUGAUUAUUCCGUUGAAAAUCAUCUCAAGGCAAUGGAAUCGAUCAGUGAUCUUUGUAAUGAAGCUGGUAUUGAUAUCGAGAAGACUGAUCUCAACGGACUAUCAUCAUCUGUUACACUCUUGAGGGAAUGGAGGCAUUUUAGUUAUGAACCAAAAAGUUGUGGAUUCUAUAAUGAAGCUGAAAAAGGCUGUGAACCAAAAGAUGUCAGCAGUCACACUUUGCCUCAGUUUUCUUCUGCACGAGCUCCUAAGCUUAAGAUAGAUGGCGAUGAAUCAUCAUCAUUAGGUGAACUCAGCAAGGAUUUUGUUAUGCAUGUUGGAGGCUCUGUUUGGGCAUUGGAGUGGUGUCCCAGAGUUCAUGCAAAUCCAGAUGCUCUGGCAAAAUGUGAGUUUCUAGCUGUGGCUACUCAUCCCCCUCAGUCAUACAGUCACAAGAUAGGCGUUCGACUUUCAGGCAGGGGCAUUAUUCAGAUAUGGUGCGUUAUAAAUGUCAAAUGCGAGAACGAUGGCGCCCAUAUAUCAGGGAAGAAGCCAGGAAAGUCUCAAAAGAAACCAUCCGUUGAACUUAAUAAAAAAGGAGAACCUAAAAAGCCGAGAGGCAGGCCCAGAAAGCAUCCAGUAGAGACAACAGAGCCCAAGAAGACAAGAGGAAGACCUAAGAGGAAGUGCACUUCUGACCUUCCUGUUGAGCUUGACGGUGACGUUCUAUGCGUUGAAGCUUUGUCUGUUCGGUAUCCUGAAGAGCCAGUUGUUCCCGAAACUCCUCUUCCAGAACCUUCAGUAACAGAAACUAAAACCAACAACGGAAGCUCAGGACAAGUGUUGUCUUCAGAAAAUGCAAAUAUCAAACUUCCCGUACGGAGAAAGAGACAGAAAACCCAACGUGCUGAAGAAGCAUGCAAACCUGUCCUGUUAGAAGAUAGUGAAGCUGUUGGAAACGUACCAGGAAAAGCAUCCUCAGGUAUCUCUGAAGACGUUGCUCUUCCAAGGGUAGUCUUAUGCCUAGCACACAAUGGAAAAGUUGCUUGGGAUAUGAAAUGGCGUCCCCCAUCUUCAGAUGAUUCUCUUAAUGAACAUAGAAUGGGGUAUUUAGCUGUCUUGUUGGGGAAUGGAUCUCUGGAAGUGUGGGAUGUGCCAAUGCCUCAGGCGAUAUCAGCUCUAUAUUUGUCUUCAAAGAAAGAUGCGACUGAUCCUCGUUUUGUGAAACUGUCUCCCGUUUUCAAAUGUUCAAACUUGAAGUGUGGUGAUUCACAGAGUAUUCCUUUGACAGUUGAGUGGUCGACUUCUGGGAACCCUGACUUCUUACUCGCUGGUUGCCACGAUGGCACGGUUGCUCUCUGGAAGUUUUCUACAACUAAACCUUCAGAAGAUACAAGACCUUUGCUUUUCUUCAGCGCUGAUACAUCUCCUAUUAGGGCAGUUGCAUGGGCUCCUGGUGAAAGUGAUCAGGAAAGUGCAAACGUAAUAGCUACUGCUGGACAUAAAGGUCUCAAGUUUUGGGACUUACGUGAUCCGUACCGUCCUUUAUGGGAUUUGCAUCCCGUACCAAGGUUUAUUUACAGCCUCGAUUGGUUACAAGACCCAAAAUGUGUCUUAUUGGCCUUUGACGAUGGAACAAUGAGAAUCCUAAGCUUUGUGAAGGUUGCCUAUGAUGUUCCCGCAACCGGAAGGCCGUAUCCUAACACAAAACAGCAAGGGUUAAGCGUCUAUAACUGUUCGUCUUAUCCCAUCUGGAGUAUUCAAGUAUCACGGCUAACAGGCAUGGCUGCUUAUUGCACUGCAGAUGGGUCUGUUUCUCGUUUCCAGCUUACGGCCAAAGCGGUGGAAAAAGACUCGAGAAACCGGACACCUCACUUCCUCUGUGGACGACUAACAAUGAACGAUUCCAACUUUAUAGUGCAUAGUCCAGUGCCUAACGUACCAAUCAACUUGAAGAAGCCAGUUAGUGAGAACGGUGAAAAACAGAGAUGCCUUAAAAGUCUCUUGAACGAAUCUCCUAAUCGACACACAGCUCCAGCUUUUGGAGAGGACGAGGAUCAGGGAUUAGAGUCUGAACCCGAGGGAAGUAACAAGAAGUCAUCAAAAUCAAAGGCUAAAAAGGGAAAGAGCAGCACAGUGGAGGAGGACGAGAACAGAGGAGCACUGGUCUGUGUGAAAGAAGAUGGCGAUGAAGAAGAAGAAGGAAGAAGAAAGGAAGGAAGCAACAGUAGCAGCGGAGUGAAAGUAGAACAGCUCCCACCUAAAAUGGUGGCGAUGCAUAGAGUGCGGUGGAAUGUGAACAAAGGAAGCGAGAGAUGGUUGUGUUAUGGUGGAGCUGCUGGGAUCGUUAGGUGUCAAGAGAUUGCUAUGUUUGGUUCGGUCGGUAAACAAAACUGGAGAUAAAAUGUAGAACAAUGCUUUUAAAUUAUCUUAUUAAAUCAUUUAGUCACAAA